GCUUCGAACCUGCGGCAUCAAACGGAAGCAUACACUCUCUCUCACGCACACAAGGGUAUAUCAAGCGGGAGGCGCUGAUCAAGUAAAAAAGAGGAGAGGUAGAGCUGCGAAGAAGUAAUAAUAAAACUGAGGCAGCCACGCCAGAGGGUAUGGUAUGUAUGGUAUGUACAAAACGUGGUGUAGUGUGUAGAGUGUCUGUCUGUCUGUCGGGGUAUUCUAACGCUGAACGAGGGGGGGGGGGGUGGGUAGUAGUAGUAGCAGUAAUAAUAACAGGAGGCAGUGCGGCAAUCAAGGAGGAAGAGAAAGAAAGAAAGAAACCGUCCAAGGCCGAGAACGAAGCAAACAACAGCGGAAAAGAAUAACAAACACCCAAAAAGUCAAUUGACUUAAACCUCCAAUUUUUGAACUACC